GGGAGGACCUUUUUGAGGUUUGAAGUAGUGCUUUGGCUCCCAAAGGAAAAACUGAUUGCAAAUCGAAGUUAAUGAAUCUGCCUAAACUUAAGAUGUAGCUGCAACAUAACCCAUGUAGUUAUAAAUUGUAUUUACUAUCAAGGCGGGCUCAGUUAAUGUAUUUUAUGUCACCUGGGACGGGACUGAGUCAAAGGCUUGGGAUGGAUGUGAGCUUUGUGUCCAGGGCUGAUUCCCGCCUUUCUAGCAACAGGUCCUGGCCUCUGGGGAGACUGGAUGCACGGAAAGGGCGUGUGAACUCCAGGUGAAACCAGUGGCCAAGGCUUAGGGAAACAAGCCCACCACAAGGGUAAUCCCAGAGAGUCAGGAGGCUGAGGCAGGAGGAUGACAGGAUCAAGGUUUAACACUUGAAGAUGAGACAAUUUGAUCUUUGUUUGAGCUCUGAAGGAUCUGAAGUGGUUUUAGCUACAUCAAGUGAUGAAAAACACCCACCUGAAAAUAUCAUUGAUGGGAAUCCAGAAACAUUUUGGACCACCACAGGAAUGUUUCCCCAGGAGUUCAUUAUAUGUUUUCACAAACAUGUAAAGGUUGAAAAACUUAUAAUCCAAAGUUACUUAGUGCGGACCUUGAAGAUUGAAAAGACCAAAUCUAAAGAGCCUGUCGAUUUUGAGCGAUGGAUUGAAAGGGAUUUUGUACACACAGAGGGGCAGCUUCAAAAUGAAGAAAUUUUGGUUCAUGAUGGCUACUGUACUUACUUGAGAUUCAUAAUUACAAAAGCCUUUGAUCAUUUUAUAUCUGUGCAUUGUGUUUCUGCAGAGGGACUAGUAGUCUCAAAUCAUUCUUAGUAAUUAUAAUAAAAUACUCUUGCAUGAUUUUUAACAGUGUAUUUAUUUAAACAUGAAAUUGUCAUUAGUAGUCUUUAUUAAAAGAUGUGUAUCA